GCUGUUCAAUUUAUCACUGUUUUCCUCAAUUUGGUUCAUGUUUUUCUUGUAUUAUAAGACAUUUAACUUUUUUAUUCAUCGAGACUUGAAUAAUGGGCCAUUUGAUACGCAAAAAUCGCGAUAAAUUGAUCUUGACGGCUGGAGUACUAGUAAUAUGGUGGUCGCUUACAACUUUUCUCCAUGGCGCAUCUAAGUCAGAAUUUGUCAGUCUCCAACGGCACAUGAACAGCGAAGUAACAUCUUCACGACACGUUCAAGGUAGUAGCUUUGACUGGAGUCGUGUAUCCUUCCGCUACCCACCCGGUUCAAUGACGGUAAUCCCUAUGGGUAAUCCUUCUCACACCCUCCCAGCCAUCCAAGCCGAAUUCUCGUCGGAAGGGUCCCUAGCCAUGAACCUUCGGGAGAGAAGACGGCGGAAAGUUAAAGAUACCUUCACAAACGAUUGGGGGGCGUAUAGGAAAUAUGCUUGGAUGAAAGAUGCCUUAAAGCCCCUAUCCAUGGGCUAUCAGGAUCAGUUUAGUGGAUGGGCUGCUACGCUGGUCGAUUCGCUCGAUUCUCUCUGGAUUAUGGGUCUUAGAGAAGAGUUUGACGAGGCCGUCGAUGCAGUUGCUGGGAUAGAUUUCGGAAAAUCCACUUCCGGGAGAGUUAAUACCUUCGAAACGAAUAUUCGGUACUUGGGCGGCUUGAUGGCUGCUUAUGAUCUCAGUAAGCGACCGGUAUUGCUUACCAAAGCUGUUGAACUUGGAAACCUGCUGUAUGGUGCUUUCAACACGGAGAAUCGCAUGCCUGUUGACUUCAUAGACUUCGAUGCAGCUAAAAGAGGAGAGGGCCUGGUCGUGGAAGGGUCGGUCGUUUCUGCUUCGCCUGGAACGAUAUCGCUUGAAUUUACGCGGUUAUCACAACUCACAGGCGAUCCUAAAUACUACGACGCCAUUUCACAUGUGAUGGACGUCUUUUACGAGGGACAAAACAAGACACAGCUCCCAGGACUCUGGCCCAUGAUGGUAUCAAUGAGUCGGCAAGAUGUAAUCUCAGGAAACCAAUUCACUCUUGCCGGUUGCGCAGAUAGCCUAUAUGAAUACCUACCAAAGACGUACGCACUUCUGGGCGGCCACGAACUUAAAUACGAGGUUAUGAGCAUAGGAUUCAUGGAAGCUGCUAAGAAGCUACUAUUUAGGCCUAUGAUUCCUGGUGGUGAAGACAUACUUAUGCCGAGUAGUGGAUGGGUCGAUGAAAACGGACGCGUCUACCUCGAUGAAGAAACAGAACAUCUAGCAUGCUUUCUUGGGGGAGUAUAUGCUCUAGGCGGGAAGUUAUUCAAUAGAGGAGAGUAUGUCGAUAUUGGUAGCAAGCUGACGCUAGGUUGCGUCUAUGGUUAUCAAUCCUUCCCUAAUGGAAUGAUGCCUGAGAGGGUUAAUAUGGUUGCUUGCAAAACCAUGGACGGCUGCAAGUGGGAUACGCAACAUUUCGACGAGGAAAAGAGGAAGCGGCCUGAGUACAAGGAGCACCUACCUUUAGGAUUCACCACUGCCAAAGACCCUCGUUACAUUCUUAGGCCGGAGACUAUAGAAAGUGUAUUCAUCAUGUAUCGCGUGACUGGAAGUCCUAAAUGGCAGGAUCUGGGCUGGGAGAUGUUUACAGCAAUAGAAAACGGCACCAAGACCGAGCUAGGAACGCACGCGGCGGUGGAGGAUGUCACCCGGGCUAGUAAACCACUGCCGCAAUCUGAUUAUAUGGAGAGCUUCUGGCUUGCAGAGACUCUGAAGUAUUUUUACUUGCUCUUCAGUCCUCCUGAUAUAAUCAGCCUAAACGAAUACGUGUUCAAUACUGAGGCUCAUCCUUUCUCGAGGUCUUAAGACUUAGGGGUAUUAUCUAGGUUUAUCUACAUAUGUAGGUAGCUUAUACGAAUGUUACUUUAGUAUGUGUUUUGGCACGCCGGCUUGUAGGUCCUCAGGAUAUAUAUUCAGGGGGUCGAGUAACCGAACUUAAUGAUAUGCGUUUUUGGGCAAAACAAAAAUGUUUGUGCUUUUAAGAAUAGUCUCGAAUAGUUAGUUUGUAAGAUUACUCGAGCCAUAUUGAAACAAUUUCGGAGAUGUUAGGCGGUGGCAGCUCCGGUGUGUUCAGGAAGAAUAGGUAUUCUUAUUCCAUAAUAUAUAUAAGUACUUAGGUAGGUAG